AAUAGGAAGAGGGGGGGUUGCGUCCUGUUUCCUGUUUGCUCACGUGUCCUUCCGGGGCAGGGUCGCCACCUUUGGGAGGGGUCGUCCGGCCGGCUGUGAGCGAGAGAGGCACCGCGAGGAGAAACAUAUUUUGCAGUUCCUCACACCUCCCAACAACAAUACUCUGGAACUCUGGAUCACGACGGAGCUCCGUUAGCCCUAGAGGCAAAGCUGAGGAUGGAAGGAGUGGAAGUCAAGGAGGAGUGGCAGGACGAAGACUUUCCCAGACCUUUGCCAGAAGAUGACCAUAUGGAAGCUGGGCCCGCUGAAAGCGGAGACCAAUCCGAAAUUAAUGGCAACAAGGUUAAGAAGAAACUAAUAGCUCCAAAUAUAAACUUGACUUUGGAUCAGAGUGAAGAGUCCAUUUUAUCCGGCUUAGAGGCAAGUGGAGAUAUUGACUUGGACGAUAUAGACACCCCCUCGGAGAACAGCAAUAAUGAGUUUGAGUGGGAAGAUGAUCUUCCAAAGCAUAAAAGCACCGAUGCCGUUCGGAAGGGCUCCCUGCUGGAAUACACGGCCUCGGAAGAGAAGGAGGAGGAACGGCGAUGGCGAAUGUACCAGAUUGGGGACCAGGGUCACCGAGUAGACAUGAAGGCCAUUGAGCCCUACAAGAAAGUAAUUAGCCAUGGAGGUUAUUACGGGGAUGGGCUAAAUGCAAUUAUUGUCUUUGCGGUUUGCUUCAUGCCGGAAAGUAACCAGCCAAACUACCGAUACUUAAUGGAUAAUCUGUUUAAAUACGUUAUCGGCUCCCUAGAAUUAUUAAUAGCGGAGAGCUACAUGAUUGUUUAUCUCAACGGGGCAACCACCCGGCGGAAGAUGCCCAGCCUAGGUUGGCUCAGGAAGUGUUACCAGCAAAUUGAUAGGAGGUUAAGGAAAAACCUGAAGUCCUUAAUAAUAGUCCAUCCUUCCUGGUUCAUUAGAACGCUCCUGGCAAUCACAAAGCCGUUUAUUAGCUCAAAAUUCAGCCAGAAAAUCAGAUACGUCUUUACCUUGGCCGAGCUGGCAGAGCUGAUCCCCAUGGACAGCGUUACCAUCCCUGAAUGCAUAAAACAGUAUGAAGAAGAAAAAUAUAAAAAGAAACUCCAAAGAAUUGAUCAAGAAUUUAAUGGGAAACAGGAGCAGAAGUCUGAACAGUAAAAGAAAAGAAAAAAGUAUUUCUGAAUUCAAGCCGAGAGUGAAGAACACGCUGGGAGAUUUGAAGCCGGGAAGAACACGCUGGCCUUCUGCGUCCGGACUUGGCCUGUUGGGAUGAUGCGCUGCCGACCUGGGUUUGCACGUCCCGGGCUAUGCCGACACUUCAUAGUUGCCUUUAAUUAUAACUUUUACACGGCAGUGUCACAAAGGCACCCUAGGAGGGGCACCUCUUGUUAUAUUGCGAUGCUUAUUCAGUAAGUAUUUAUAUGCUUCAACUUUAAGGGGAGAGAUAAUAUAUAUUUAUAUAUAUAUAUUUUUAUGACUCUUCAACGCAUAUUUUAUAACGUUCAUCUGCAAAAACGCCUCUGAGACACACUAGCCCACCCAUGACGGUUGUCGUUUACUUAGGAAUAAAAUGCAUGAGAAUUUCUUAUAUGUGGUUAAAAUGCUUCUUGGCUAAGGAAGAGAGAGGUGGAACUUCGGUUAUCCGCUACGCUGGCAAGAUCCUUUGCUGUUUCCACUGCGGGGAUGGGCCUAGCCCUCGAGUUGGGCGUCCUCGGCUCAAACUCGAUCCAGCCCAAGCCCUUCCGUGGUGGAGCUCCGAGGUUUCAACUCCCUCCUCGCCGCCUGGACAGAAAGAUCCCGUAAUUGAGAAUAAUAGCAUUGUUUGGAUGUUAGGGCUGGUGGAGGCUGUUUAGCUCUGGAUGCCCAGCGAGUGACUUAAACAUUUGGGUGACAUUCCAGAGCGGAACGGGGGCGGCCUCCCACCUGGCCUUCUCCUUGCUACCACGGAGGAGACCUCAGUCCAACUUCUGCUGCUGUGCCUGGCUAGCUUGCUGCCCACCCAUAACGUGGAGCGGAGUUGCAGAACUUGGCAUCAGGAUGUGGCACUCGAGAGGAGAGGAAGUGUACCCUGAAUUAAGGACAAGGACAGCUUAGCCCAGGGGUCUUCAACCUUGGCUACUUUUAGCCUGGAGGACUUCAACUCCCAGAAUUCCCCAGUCAGCUUUGCUUCAUCUCCUGUGAUCCCUUUCUCUGCAACCUCUCCAUUUUCAUUUAGUUCUCUACAAUUCUGGUAGUGGACGUCCACAAGCUUUGCUGGCUGGGGAAUUCUGGGAGUUGGAAGUCCUCCAGGCUUAAAGUGGCCAAGGUUGGAGACCCCUGGAGCCUUCGCUUAGACAGGCUGUUGUGAAGACCACCCUGUGUCUCUCACCAAGGUGGAAGAACAAAUGUUACGUGGUUAUUUCGUACUUUGGAAAGCAAGGCUCUUGAAAAGGGCACUUUCCACCAGCACUAGCUUCACUUUAUACACCUUUUUUGAAAGGAGUCUGUGUGUUUGUGAUGCAUGUUUUACCUGUUUCAACAGCCCUCCUCAGUCAGGGCGCGGAUGUGUCACAUGCACGAAUUCCUAGCAGGUUCAUCAUCAAAGCCAUAGUGGAUUGUAGCAGAAAUGUUAAGGUUUUGUUUUGUUUUUUGAAAGCUUGGGCAUCGCUCUUAUUUUCAUUUGUAUUUAAAAUUUGUGCGUGUUGUUGGCAACAGUGUUUUCUUGUUCCCAGUGUUCGGUUGUGGGAGGGUGG